UAAUGAAGAAAACAUGUAUAAAGCAUGUUUACAGAAUUAUGAAGUACUAGUUAAUGCAUGAAGAAAUAUGAGGAUGCACUUGAAAUGUGGGGUACAGGCUAAAGACAUAGCCACAUGCUAUAUUAUCAUACCCUUUAACUCUUUCAAACAAUAAUUUAGCUUGUAAUUGGAAUUCCAGAGAACUUAAAUAACUAUAAAUAUACUUACAAAUUGCCUUCAAACACACCACAAGUCAUUGGCAUCCUCAAGUGUUAGUUACAUCCUUCUAAAGUUUUUGAUAUAUUUGCUCUGUUGAGUCUUUUCUUCUCCUUCAAACAAUCACCAAAAAUGGGUUUCCGUUUAAAUGUUAUUCGACGGGCAUCAUUAACUGCCAACCAAACAGCAUCAAAAUCUGCAGAAGUGAGAAAGGGCUAUGUUGCAGUGUAUGUUGGAGAGAAACAGAAGCGGUUUGUGAUCCCAAUAUCAUAUUUGAACCAACCAUCAUUUCAAGACUUAUUGAGUCAAGCUGAAGAACAGUUUGGAUAUGAUCAUCCCAUGGGUGGCCUCACCAUUCCUUGUCCUGAAGAUGACUUUCAACACAUAACUUCUCACUUGAAUGGGCUAUGAAAUUGACAUAAUAGCAUACUAACAUAGAUUAAUUAGUAGAGAUAUUUUGUAUAACAGGAAUCUUUUUAACUUGUAAAGAUUAUCCCUUUUCUUGGGAAACAGAGAAAAAUCAUUAUUUCAUUA